CGAAUGCAAGAGAACACAACAGCACGACGACGAGUUAUUUGCUUACCCAACUGCUCAAAAGUUGGUAUAACUUAGAAUGCGAGCAAAUGGAUUGAUUCUCACGUUACAACGCAGAGACAGGUUACAGAUUUAAGCGGUAAAUGGCGCGGUGGGCGGCUACACCUGAUCACCGCAGAUGUGAGUAAAUACAGUUUAUAAACAGUUUGUGUUCAACAGUCGUUUAGUUCAGUUUUGUAUUGUGCAUCGUCGAUGAAGUUGGCGCGCAGACGUUAAGUAAAUAAAAUUGCAAUAAUUACCUGCAGACAACAACACCUACGCCGCUUAAUAAACAUACACACAUUUCUAUAUAAAAAUAAAAGUUAAACAGCAAGAGUUUAAGUGAAUUGCCAAAAAAUGCAUUCUCAUUAUGCCUUAAUAGUCACAUUGGCCUUGUGUGCGGUCAGCGCCCUGGCACAGAAAAGUGCCACAAUGGAAGCGAUUGCCUACAUGGCGGGUACCACGGUGAAGGGUAAUGUCACUUUCAUACAAAAUGGCUGCUCCGAAAAUGUUCACGUAAAGGUCUAUUUGGAGGGGCUGGCUCCGGGUAAGCACGGUUUCCAUGUGCACGAGAAGGGCGAUUUGACCGGUGGCUGUCUCAGUACUGGCGGACAUUUUAAUCCCGAUAAGAUGGAUCAUGGUGCGCCUGGCGAUGAAGUGCGUCACGUUGGCGAUCUCGGUAAUGUAGAGGCCGAUGCGAAUGGCAUUGUCGAUACAACAUUCACCGACCACUUAAUCAGUUUAACUGGCAAACGUACAAUCGUGGGACGCGGUUUGGUCGUGCACGAAUUGACCGAUGAUUUGGGCAAGGGUACCCACCCCGAUUCGAAGAAGACUGGAAAUGCCGGUGGACGUUUGGCUUGCGGUGUCAUCGGUGUUAACAACAUCGGUGAUGAAUGGUCCUGUUCGAGCGCUGCAGAAAAAGUAGUUUCAAUAUUUGCCUUCGUCCUGACGGUAUUAACCAGUCGUGUGCUGUCUUAAUGCUGAUUGCAACUCAAGCGAAGUAUUUAGCCAAUGAGAGCAGGCUGUCUACGACUGAGAAUCGAAAUUUUGGUAAUCAUUCACGAAGUUAUCGACAGAAAUAAUUUUUGAAACACAAAAGUAUUGAAUUAACUUAUGUCAAAAUAUUAAGAAAAAUAAAAUUAGGAAAUUAUUUUUAACAAUAAUUAUGAGUAAGCUUACUAAUAUACCAUAUAUGUAUGCAUAGGAAAAUAAAUUUCGCCAUUUGGCAUAAAUAAA